AUGAGUGAUGGGGGGUUGAUCCAGAGUGACGUCGGUCCAGUAGCUUUCACCUUCGGCCAAGAAAUCAAACCAAACAACGUCAAACCCAACCACAGCAUGACUCUCCUCCAGUUCCUCCGCCAAGCACGUCAAGUGCACCUCCAAUUCCUCGCAGGCACUCUCUCCGAGCUCCCAAUCUACGUCCUAGGCAACCCCUCCGCCGACCUCGACUCCAUUAUCUCCGCAAUCCUCUACUCCUACUGCGCCAACAACCGCCUCCCAACCACAACCCCACGCCCACACAUCCCACUCCUCAAUUUACCCAGUAUCCCCGCAGGCCCAGAGCUCCACAGGCUCCGACCAGAGUUUGUUACAGCACUAUGGCUCUCAACCAAUUUCCCCGCCUUGAGAUUAGAUGAGCGAUUCGAGGACUCCUCCGAAUCGGCAGGGAAUUUACUCCGCGACCAUAUCGUGACAAUGGCGGAUUUUGCACAGAGCUUGAAGGACCGAUCCAUCACGCGUAAGCUAGAUGUGGACACGACACUGGUGGACUGGAAUGCGCUGCCAGAACGCGUCGAUGGAGAGGACGGCAAGGGUUCUUUAGGCGGUGUUCUGUCGGAGGUUAUCUUCCACGCUAUUGGCUGUAUCGAUCACCACGUCGAUGAGAAGUUUAUGCCCACCAAAGAAGCCCUGCCAACAGGACAACCACUGAUCAUUCAACCUGGACCGGGAUCAUGUGCUUCGUUGAUCACAAACGAGAUGAACCAGCGGGGCUUUUGGGCAGCUACAGCUACAGCGAAUGCAGAGGAAUCUUCUGCAGCGGAAAUCGCGCAGGUCGCGAAGCUGGCUCUCGCUCCGAUACUGAUUGAUACCUCGAAUCUCACGGCGGAAGGCAAAGUCACCGAUGUAGAUGUGCAGGCUGUUGAGUUUUUGCGGCCGCAGCCGGGGGAUCAAUCGUGGAACAUGGAGAAAUUCUACGAGGAGAUUCUCAGUGCGAAGCAGAAUAGUCUUGAUCGGUUGACGUUGCAUGAGGUCUUAGAUCGGGACUAUAAGGAGUGGACUGAAACGACGAAGUCGUCCGAUCAGAGUAUCACGCUCGGGUUUUGCUCAUCCGUCAAGCCCAUCCGAUGGGUUAUUGAGAAAGCGGGUAGCCCGCAGAAAUUCUUGGAUGAUGUCCGCUCGUUUGCUACUUCGGGAGGGAAGCAGUUGGAUGUUGUGGUUGUUAUGACGUCUUUCACAUCUCGCGAGGGCCAGUUCUCUCGUGAGCUCUUGAUCAGUGUGGUGGCUGAUCAUGAGCUUGUCGUUGCGGGUGUUGAGUCAUUUGUUACGCAAGCCGCAUCUCAGCUCGGUCUUGUGGAGUGGACGGCGUUGGAUGGGGCGGUGGUCGAUGUCUCCGAAGAGGAGAUUCGAUCUACACUAGAUGAAGAUAAGGGCGCCUGGAAGGCAUUAUGGGUCCAGAAGGAUACAAAGGCGAGUAGGAAGCAGGUCGCUCCUUUACUGCGAGGUGCUAUUGCCAAGAUAUAA